AUACUCUGGAGCCAGACUGCUUGGAUUUGGAUUCUAGCUCCACCACUUCCCAGCUGUGUGACCUUGAGAUUGAACCAGCUGCCCUUUGACCCUGCCAACAACAACGAACCCCUGCAGUUUGGUAGUGCCAGUGGCCCUCUGGUCACAGAAGGCCACAUUGAGAAUGGAGGGGAAUCAAGCAAGAAAAGAAAGAGAACAAAUGCUCCUUCAGCUGAUAGUAAUAGAACUCUGAAUGUGGAUUCCACUGUAAUGACACUACCUAUGUCUGAUCCAACUGCAUGGGCCACAGCAAUGAAUAAUCUUGGAAUGGCACCACUGGGAAUUGCUGGACAACCAAUUUUGCCUGACUUUGACCCUGCUCUUGGAAUGAUGACUGGAAUUCCACCAAUAACUCCAAUGAUGCCUGGCUUGGGAAUAGUACCUCCUCCAAUUCCACCAGAUAUGCCAGUAGUAAAAGAGAUCAUACACUGUAAAAGCUGCACACUUUUCCCUCCAAAUCCAAAUCUUCCACCUCCUGCAACUCGAGAACGCCCACCAGGGUGCAAAACAGUAUUUGUGGGUGGCCUGCCUGAAAAUGGAACCGAGCAGAUCAUUGUGGAAGUGUUCGAACAGUGUGGAGAGAUCAUUGCUAUUCGGAAGAGCAAAAAGAACUUUUGUCAUAUUCGCUUUGCUGAAGAGUACAUGGUGGACAAAGCCCUCUAUCUCUCUGGUUACCGCAUUCGCCUGGGUUCUAGCACUGACAAGAAGGACACAGGCCGGCUCCACGUUGAUUUUGCACAGGCUCGAGAUGACCUUUAUGAGUGGGAAUGCAAACAGCGCAUGCUAGCAAGGGAGGAGCGCCACCGUAGAAGGAUGGAAGAAGAAAGAUUGCGCCCACCAUCCCCACCCCCAGUGGUCCACUAUUCUGAUCAUGAAUGCAGCAUUGUUGCUGAAAAACUGAAAGAUGAUUCCAAAUUCUCAGAAGCUGUGCAGACCUUGCUCACCUGGAUUGAGCGAGGAGAGGUGAACCGCCGCAGCGCCAACAACUUCUACUCUAUGAUCCAGUCAGCCAACAGCCACGUUCGCCGCCUAGUGAAUGAGAAAGCUGCCCAUGAGAAAGACAUGGAAGAGGCAAAGGAGAAAUUUAAGCAGGCCCUUUCUGGAAUUCUCAUUCAAUUUGAGCAGAUAGUAGCUGUGUACCAUUCCGCCUCCAAACAAAAGGCAUGGGACCAUUUCACAAAAGCCCAGCGUAAAAACAUCAGCGUUUGGUGCAAACAAGCUGAGGAAAUUCGCAACAUACAUAAUGAUGAAUUAAUGGGAAUCAGGCGAGAAGAAGAAAUGGAGAUGUCUGAUGAUGAAAUAGAAGAAACAACAGAAACAAAAGAAACUGAGGAAUCAGCCUUAGUGUCACAGGCAGAAGCUCUGAAGGAAGAAAAUGACAGCCUCCGUUGGCAGCUUGAUGCCUAUCGGAAUGAGGUAGAACUGCUGAAGCAAGAGCAGGGCAAAGCCCACAGAGAAGAUGACCCGAACAAGGAGCAGCAACUGAAACUCCUGCAGCAAGCCCUGCAAGGAAUGCAACAGCAUCUACUCAAAGUCCAAGAGGAACAUAAAAGGAAAGAAGCUGAGCUUGAAAAAGUCAAAGAUGACAAGUUACAGGUGGAAAAAAUGUUGGAAAACCUUAAAGAAAAGGAAAGCUGUGCUUCUAGACUAUGUACAUCAAGCCAGGAUAGUGACUACCCUCUCGAGAAGACCCUGAACAGCAGUCCUAUCAAAUCUGAACGUGAAGCACUGCUAGUGGGGAUUAUCUCUACCUUUCUUCAUGUCCACCCAUUUGGAGCAAGCAUUGAAUACAUCUGUUCCUACUUGCACCGUCUAGAUAAUAAGAUCUGCACCAGUGAUGUGGAGUGUCUCAUGAGCCGACUCCAGCACACCUUCAAGCAGGAAAUGACUGGAGUUGGAGCCAGUUUGGAGAAGAGAUGGAAAUUCUGUGGCUUUGAGGGCUUGAAAUUGACCUGAAUCCCUUUGCCCUACAACCUGGGAUCCUGUAAAUACGUGUGUGUUGGACAAGCUUAAAAGUGAUUUGUAUUGUCAAUGGUUUCAAGUGUAAAUUGCUUUCAAUUUGUCAGUUCAUUCCUGGAAUAUCUUUUGAGAUAAAAUAAGGAUCCUAGAACAGCACCUUGAGCUACAGGCCCUAAAAAGAAAUGGACUCAAGCCUCAAGUGCUGUAACUUCCUCCCUUUCUGUCAAUUGGUUGUCUUUUUCUAUUAGUAGUAUUGAAAAAGGCCUGUGGCUAAAGUGUAUUUGGGGUGUUUUGGUGUCUGUACUACUGCUGUAGAGUUUGGUAUUUUUUUUAAACACUGUUAACUGAAAUGUUUUGAUGAUUUGUAUGUGAUUUGUGUUUCAAAACUUCUCUUCACAUUAAUUUGCUACUGUUGAGGGGAAUGAGAUAGGCAUGCCAUGGCUGACAUUGCCUCUCCGUUCCUCAGUAAGCCAGUAAAUGAAUAACACAGCAUCUUCUAGAAGGUAUCUGACCAGGCUCACCUCUUAAAAGACAAAGCAUGGUUUGUGGCUUUUUGCAAAAUUACUGUGAACCAAAAGUUGACAAAUGUUCCAAAGUUAUUUUCUCUAAUAUACCAGAUUAAAAAAAAAAAACCUAGAUGUAUU